ACGUCUGACGUAACAUUUGACGUAAAUGUCAAAUAAAUAAACAUGUCCCUUGCACAAAGAUGAGUUUUUCGUGCUCGCCGCUUAACGUUUUUACUUUUCGUUGAACUAGCCAUGAAUAUCGUCUAAUUGUCUUGCAUCUAGCCGAUCAUGACGAAAAAAUUCGAGUUCGAUUGGCAUGUCCCCGUGCCGGAGCCCCUGCUCACGGGCUGCGUCGUGGACAGGUGGUCGGAGGAGCCCAACGAAAUCGAAUGGAAAGCCCUUUUCCGGGUGGACGAGUACGGAUUUUUCAUCUAUUGGAAGAGCGAGGGAAAGGAGGGCGACGUCAUCGAACUGUGCCAAGUGAGCGAUGUGAGGGCCGGUGGGCUGCCCAAAGACCUCAAACUGUUCAGCCAGCUCGAAAGCCGACACGGGCCCGAUCUUGAGAAGAGAUCGCUGACCAUCUGUAGCGGGACCGACUAUAUCAACAUUAAUUACCAGCACAUCGUGUGCCCCAAUGCCGAGACGGCAAAGGUUUGGUUGGACGGUUUGCGAAAGAUAACACAUAACGUGAAAGCCAAUAACUUCUGUCCGAUGACGUGUUUGAAAAAACAUUGGAUGCGACUCGGUUUUCUGACCGAUGCCAAGGGUAAAGUGCCCGUCAAAGUCGUAGCGCGUACUUUCGCCUCCGGCAAAAGUACAGAAAAGUUGGUUUAUCAGUGUUUGGCCGACUUGGAUCUACCGAACGGCAAAAACGCAGUCAUGGAGCCCGAGCAAUUCACCUUCGAGAAAUUCUACACUUUGUAUCACAAAAUCUGCCCUCGGAACGACAUCGAGGAGCUCUUCCGCAGCAUUACGCAAGGCAAAGCCGACUAUAUGAAUCUCGAGCAGUUUAUUAAUUUCCUCAACGAGAAACAGCGAGACCCGCGUUUGAACGAAAUUUUGUACCCACAUUAUGACGCGAAACGAGCGUCCGAAAUAAUUGCCACUUAUGAACAAGACGAGGAGGCGAAGGCAGCAAAUAGGUUGACAAAAGACGGUCUGAUUAGGUAUUUAAUGUCGGACGAAAACGCUCCGGUGUUUUUGGACCGUUUGGACAUCUACAUGGAUAUGGACCAGCCUCUAUGCGCCUACUAUAUAAAUUCUAGUCACAAUACGUAUUUAAGUGGCCGCCAGUUUGGCGGUAGGUCUUCCGUUGAAAUGUACAGACAAGUAUUGCUGGCGGGGUGUCGCUGCGUCGAACUCGACUGUUGGGACGGCCGAGGCGAAGACGAGGAGCCGAUCAUAACCCACGGACGCGCCAUGUGCACGGACAUCCUCUUCAAAGACGUAAUCUACGCAAUCCGAGACACCGCUUUCGUAACAUCCGACUAUCCCGUAAUCCUCUCCUUUGAGAACCACUGCUGCAAAAGCCAACAGUACAAGCUCGCGAAAUAUUGCGACGAAAUCUUGGGCGAUUUGCUCCUCAAAGAACCACUUCCUGACUAUCCCCUUGAACCAGGCCUCCCGUUACCGCCACCUUCAUGCCUCAAGCGUAAAAUUUUAAUCAAGAAUAAGAGACUCAAACCAGAGGUGGAGAAACAAGAACUGGAGUUGUUCAGACAGGGGGAGUUCGUUAUCGAAGAUGAGGAAAAAGAGGAUGCGAGUGCGUCCGCAGACCGGCCUAUACCACCGGAUAUUUCGGCUGAAACACCGGCGCCCGAUGGGGGGGCUGGUGACGGGGACAUCGCAGCGCCGCCUAUAAUACACACGGGGUCGACUACUAAUGUGCAUCCGUGGUUGAGUUCGAUGGUUAAUUAUGCCCAACCUGUCAAAUUCACUAGUUUUGAUUAUGCGGAAGAGAAAAACAUACAUUACAACAUGUCAAGUUUUUCGGAACCUGUCGGCUUGAAUUUGCUCAAGACUCAGGCGAUUGAGUUCGUCAAUUACAACAAACGCCAAAUGUCGCGCAUUUACCCGAGCGGCGCUCGGGCCAACUCGUCGAACUAUAUGCCGCAGGUUUUCUGGAAUGCUGGUUGUCAAAUGGUCUCUUUAAAUUUCCAAACUUCCGAUCUUCCCAUGCAACUCAAUCAAGGCAAAUUUGAGUACAACGGCAACUGUGGUUAUUUAUUAAAACCGGAUUUUAUGCGACGUCCCGACCGGACUUUCGAUCCGUUCGCUGAAAGUCCAGUAGAUGGCGUUAUUGCGGCCCAAUGUUCGGUCCAGGUGAUCGCUGGGCAGUUCUUGUCCGACAAAAAGGUUGGUACCUACGUCGAGGUCGAUAUGUACGGCUUGCCGACCGAUACGAUCCGACGCGAGUUCCGAACUCGGAUGGUUCCGGCCAAUGGUUUGAAUCCGGUGUAUAACGAAGAACCGUUUCUUUUCCGGAAAGUGGUUCUUCCGGACUUGGCUGUGCUACGAUUUGGGGUUUACGACGAGAAUAACAGACUUUUGGGUCAGAGAAUUUUGCCAUUGGAUGGUCUCCAAGCCGGCUAUCGGCACAUUUCCUUAAGAACUGAAGCCAAUUUCCCCAUGUCGCUUCCAAUGUUGUUUUGUAACAUUGAGUUAAAGAUCUACGUCCCGGAUGGUUUUGAGGACUUCAUGGCCGCACUGAGUGACCCUCGGGGGUUCAGCGGAGCCCGACAAAAGCAAAACGAACAAAUGUCAUCGAUGGGAAUCGAAGUGACCGAUAAAGGAACGGAAAAGAAGGAAAAAGAGAAAGAAGAGAAGAAGGAAGAACCGCUUGUUUUCGAACCAAUCACCAUAGAAUCAAUAAAACAAGACAAAGCCUUCCAGAAAACCACCAAAAAACAGCAAAAAGAAUAUGACACGCUUAAAAAGAAGCAAACGAAGGAGAAGCUCGCCGUGCAAAAGUCGCAAUGUUCGGCCAUCGAUAAGUUAAUCAAGGGCAAAAACAAAACUGAUCUGGUUAAUGACCCAGGGGUGCGCAAGCUCGUAACCGAGCAAACUCUCGAGUGGUCGGCCCUGAUGGAGCGCCACCGUAAACAAGAGUGGGAAUUUUUGCGUAAUCAGUUGGACGAACAACGUGACGCGUUAAAGCGUCACAUGGUGAUUUUACAAGCUGCUCAAAUGAAACAAUUAGAGGCCAAACAUGACAGGGAAUUUAAAGAGAUGAUCGGUCAACAAGCGAAAGUUUCGGUCGAAAUUGCCAAAGAAGUUGCCAAUGAUAAAAACUUGAAAACUAAGCGAGACAAGGAGCGGAGACUGAAGGAGAAGCAGCAAAACAAUACGAAACGGUUUCUGGAAGAGAGAAAAACUGCAUCGAAUCGACAAGCCAAAGAGAAGGAGAAGUUGAAGAUCAAGCACGAGAAGCAGCUGGAAAUGCUGUCGCAUGACAUCCAGAAGCUGAUCGACAUGUACAAGAAUGAGGAGUUGGAGUAUGAGAUGUCGAGCAAAAGCGAGUUUUUUGCUUAAGGACCAAAUAUUUCUGUGUUAUUCUAGUCUUGAUGUUUUGUUUCAGAUACUCGCCUUAAAUUGGAAUUGGUACUAAAUAGUUACAAAUUUCUGUUCCUAGCGUUCUGUUGUGGUUAAAAUGUUACUAAAUAUAAAUUUUAUGUCAGUUAAGUUUAGGGAAAAAUUUAAAAGUAAAGUACCCCGAUUAUAAAUAUAAAUGUGUAAUAAAUUAUUCCACCGA